AUGAAUAAUACAAAGAGAUCAUCAUCGUCAUUUCCACAAAUUAAAAUCCCAUUCCCACCUAUAAUUAACCUUGCAGAAUUACUUCAACCAAAUAAAUCUUUUUCUUUGUUUGAUGAACCACACAAACCAUCACGUGCCCCUAACGCAUUCAUUAUCUAUCGUAAAGUGUUUGUUAAAGUUGCUCGUGAUGAAGGUCAUAAUCUCCCAAUGACUGCAAUCUCUUCUAUGGCCUCGAUUUCAUGGGAACAAGAGCCUGAGGAGGUUAAAGCGGAAUACAAACGUAUUUCAAAAGAAGCUCAUUUGAAAAAGAAGGCAAUUAAAUUGGAAACAACAAAUAAAGAAGACAUAUUAAAAUUCUUGGAGUGGCUGAAAUAA